AUGAAUAUAAAAGAAAACGUGACUUUUGAUUAUUGUGUUCUGUCCUUUCUUGAUUUUUCCAAUAUCACAUUCUACCCAUCUACUGUCGUCAAAGUCGAAUCUUGUAUUGAAUUUUUCAAUGCGACCAAAAGUCUUUUUGCGAAGAAAAGUAGCAUAGAAGUACGACAGGGUAUUUACUUCUUUGGUAAUGCAACGCAGAACACACAACUAGAAGUCACUGUAGAAUCUGGUGCAUCACUUUAUUUGUAUUCCGAACACUUUAUUCUUUCUGAUUAUUGCAAUAUAGAUGUUUUCUUGAUAGAAAGGUAUAGGGAGUGCUUUGCAGUAAUUUUAGAUUACGAUUCAAUUGCACACGUCAAGAACCCCUCCAUAUUAGAACCACCUUUAUUUACUGUUAUGAAAGGAAAUACGAAAGUCAAAAUUUACGCGUUUAUUGCGGCUGACUGUUUUGAUAUAUUUGGGUUUAGAGAGAUCCAUGCGGGUGCUGAUAGUGAUAUAAUAAAAUUGAUUGGUGAUGGUAAAGUACAACGGGUGUGCCCCAAAAAUAAAGACGUUUUUAAUACUACCGUAUAUUGCCACAUGAAUGGAACAAAUUACAUGAACGAGUAUUUGCUUGGAGAGACAAAAUACAGUUUUACACACCCCAAUUGUCCUUACACUUCAAGUGAAGCAAAUCACUUGAUGGUAUUUUCAGAAAAUAAAGAAGUCACUGUCUCUGGAAUUAAUAAUAAAAUAUUAUAUAUAGAAUUUGUCGGCGAGGAAGUUGAUGUCACUAUGGAUUCAAACAAUCAAAUUUUCUUGUAUGGCACAUUCAGAAACAGUGGAGCAAAAGAUAUGUUCCAAAGUUACAUUCCAAAGUGUAGCGCUGGAUUUACCCAACGAAUGGCUUACUUCAGUUCGUUUGCUCGUUAUUUUCUAAACUGUAAAGAUCAUGUUGCUGUAGAGCCGAAUGUAGACACUUUGGAUAUUGGGCUAACGGAUUCUAUUUAUAGAGUCGUUGCAAUGUCGAAUAUGCCACUAAUAGUAUAUACGAAAAUAGAUGAGGAUUACACGAAAUUUUCUCCUAUUAAAAGUGUUGUUGGGUAUAUGGUGUUAUCGGAGAGGUAUUUCAAUUUCACAAAUGGGAACCAGAUCAAUUUAUACGACAACGCAUAUUACAAGAAUAAUACACUUUAUGGAUAUACACGAAGAGGAGGGAAAUAUGUAAAACAUAAAUAUUAUCUUGGUAAUAGUCAAUAUGCUGAAUGCCCGGAAAAUACAUUAGAGUGCAACAACGAGACUUUUGCAAUAAAAUGUGAGAAAGAUUAUUUCAUGGCAAAAAGUGGGAAAUGCGCAAGUAAAACAGAAAAUCUUUGUCGAGGAGUUUUGGGUGAUAUAUGUCUUAAAACAUCAAAUUACUUCGAUUUUGUAAAUGGAAAAAGUGUUUCGUGUAAUACAAAUUGUUUGACAUGCAAUGAUAACACGUGUGAAAUUUGUAAAGAAGGAAAAAUAAUGAGAGAUGGAAUGUGUGAGGAUGUAACACUUGAUGUCACUUCUUUCAAUAACCAAAACAAAAAUCUGAAAAGCACAGCCCAAAUUGUAACAAGCACUACAAGUGUUAUCUCGUGUCCCCAAAGUUACUUUGUGUCCAAUUUAAUGUGUACAAAAUGUUCAUCAAAAUUUAUGAAUUGUGACAUAUGUAACAAGAAAAAAUGUGAGAAGUGCGCUUCUGAAUAUUCUUUGGAUUCCAAUGACGAUUGCUAUAACACACAUUGUAUCUUAUUGGUAUCAAACAGAUGUGAAAAGUGUACUGAUGGAUAUGCUCUCUCUUCAGAUGGUACGUGUGUUCCAGCAAUAGAAAAUUGUAUGGUUUACUCAAACACCAUAUGUGACCAGUGUACUCCAAACACAAAACUGUUUAACAACACUUGUACAGAAAAUUUAGUCAUACCUGACGAGGACCAGUGUUUAGAAUACGAUUUUCUUGGAUGUUCACGAUGUAAAGAUGGAUAUUAUACUGGAGAAUUGAAUAUGUGCCAACCCUGUAAUAUAAAGUGUAGGAAAUGCACAGGAAAUGCUGAGAAGUGUCAAGAUUGUAUAACGGGCACCGUGUUAAUCAAUGGGAAAUGUGUGACACUUUUUGAGUUGGAAGGAAUAUGCAAAGAAUUCAAUUUGGCUGGGAAUUGUGUGUUAUGUGCUGAUGGGUAUUUUGUGUACAACUCGUCUUGUUCUGAAUGCAACGACAAUUGUGCGAUUUGUAAAAACGAAUUUUCAUGUGAAAUGUGUAAAAAGGAUUAUUUCAGAAACGAGUCUUUAAAAUGCGAAAUUGCAUCUAAUUUACAUAAUUGUGCUAGUUAUAAUGAAAAUGGGUGUUUACAAUGUGAAUCGGGCUAUUUCCGAAAUUCAAAAAGGUGUGAAAAAUGUUCCGAAAAUUGUGAAAGUUGCACGGACAGACACACUUGUUUGGAGUGUUUAAAUAAUUGGGAGUUGACAGAUGGAAUGUGUAAAGAGAGGAAUUACAUUGUCAAUUGUGUCAACGUCUUUAACUCGUAUUGUGAAGAAUGUGAACGGUGGUAUUCACUGUCUGAUGAUAAAACAUCAUGUAAAAGUGAAAUGUAUAAGCGCAAUAUUAUAAUAAUAGUAGUUUGUGUUGUAGUGGCAAUAUUUAUAGUGGCCAUUGUUAUGAUUGUACUUGGUCAAAAAUUGAUUAAAAUGCAUAUCAGAAAGAAAGAGAGAAAAGACAAAGGAGUCAUUUCCUUGAAAGAAAAUGCAGUCGAACUCUGUGUAUUGGGAGAAGAACUUCUUUCAAGUGUCAAAUCCGUUCAAUUUCCAGACCAAAUCGAAGUCAACAAAGAAACUCAAACUUCGCUUGUUUUGGGCAACAAGUCCGAUUAUACAAUUAAACUGCAAAUUACAACAAAGAAGAUGGAGAGUUACAGUCUUAAAAUAGUACCAAGCGUAGUUAUACUACGAUCGAAUGAAUGUUGCACCUUCACUGUUUCAAUAACACCAAAUUGCUCGGGAGACUUUUCAGGGAAUUUAGGAGUGGUUUAUUGCCACUUAAAAACAGGGAAGGAAAUAACAGAGAACAUUCCAUUUACUGCAGAGACUGUUUUAUCGACAUGGAUCGACGACAACUCGAUUACAUAUUUAGAGCAAAUUGGAAAGGGUGGGUUUGGCCUUGUUUACAAAGGAAUUUACAAAACAAACAAAGUAGCUGUUAAGAAAUUGAACAUAACGAAUGGGGACACAUUGUGUGAUGAAUUUGAGAACGAAGUUGAGAUGUUAGACAAGAUGAAGAGUCCAUACAUUAUUAGAUUCUUUGGUGCUGUACACAUUGGUAACAGUCGAAUGAUCAUUAUGGAGUUGGCGGCACAUGGAAGUCUCAUGCGCCUCAUUGAAAAAAUCAAAAAGAAGAAAAUAACAAAGAAAUUGAAAACAAAAAUUUUGCUCGACGCGGCAAAAGGAGUAUCUUACUUACACACGAAUGGUAUUUUACACAGAGAUAUCAAACCAGGGAAUAUUUUGAUAUGUGACUAUUCAUAUGCAGCCGAGGUCAAUGCAAAAUUGAGUGAUUUUGGAAGCUCAAGAAACGUAAAUAGAGCAACGGCUUUUGAUAUGACUUUCACAACAGGAAUCGGAACACCCGUAUACAUGGCGCCAGAGCUGUUGAAUUGUCGUAAAUAUACACUUCCGGCAGAUGUAUAUGCUUUUGGAAUUACAUGUUAUGAGUGUUUUAUUUGGGACAAGGCUUAUAAGGAAAUUAAAUUUGCUUUCCAAAUAGCAAAUUAUGUAUGUGAAGGAAAACGACCAGAGACAAGUGAAUUAGACGAGGACGUUGUUGAGAUUUUAAAUGGAACAUGGAAACAAGAUCCGAAAGAAAGAACAGAUAUACAAGAAAUUGUCAAAGAAUUUGAGGAAUUAUUUAAAAGAACAAUCGAGGAUAACAACAACUUAAAACUUGAGGCACUGUGA